UCUGAGUUUAGACCUGGUUUAGUCUGAGUUUAGUCUGAGUUUAGUCCUGGUUUAGUCUGAGUUUAGUCCUGGUUUAGUUCUGGUUUAGUCUGAGUUUAGACCUGGUUUAGUCUGAGUUUAGUCUGAGUUUAGUCCUGGUUUAGUCCUGGUUUAGUUCUGGUUUAGUCUGAGUUUAGACCUGGUUUAGUCUGAGUUUAGUCUGAGUUUAGACCUGGUUUAGUCCUGGUUUAGUCCUGGUUUAGUUCUGGUUUGAACAUUUGAUUUGCAAAGGUCUGUCUACACAUUCUCAGUUUGUUUCCUGAAGAGGCAAAGUUGAGGGUUCAACGCCGACAGAGACAGACUCGUCCUUCUGGUCCGGACCUGGACUCACAGCAGGAGCAUAAACCGAAGAACAGCCGACAAUCUACAGAUGGAGGACAGGCUGAACUCAUCUUCUCGUCCCUCAAACCUGUCGUCGUCUUCAGACUUCAGGAGCGUCUUCACAGAGGAGGUCCUGCCCCCGCUCUACCUGGCCCUGUGCAUUGUGGGAUUGCUCCUGAACGCCGUGGCCUCCUUCGUGUUCUGCCGCGUGCCCUCUGACGCCGCCCUGGUGGUGUACCUGAAGAACAUGCUGCUGGCCGACCUCCUCAUGCUCAUCUACUUCCCCUUUAAACUCCUGGCCCAGCUCGGGGUGGGAGGCUGGAGACUGCACGUGAUCAUGUGCAGGUUUGUGGCGGUCUUGUUUUACUUCUCCAUGUACACUGGAAUCAUGUUUAUGGGUCUCAUCAGUUUGGAACGAUACACCAAGAUUGUCCGAAACUCCCAACCCACCGUUUUUGGGCGUGUGUCUGUGGUUCACUUCCUGCAGAGUCCUGGCUCCGCCUUCACCGUUGCCGUGGGGACGUGGGGCCUGAUGCUUCUGAGCACGCUCCCUAACGUCCUGCUAACGAGCCGCGACGCCAACGAGACGAACGCCAGACGCUGCAUGGAUCUGAAGACGGAGCUGGGCGUGCGCUGGCACAAGGCGUCGUCCAUCUUCUCGGUGGGCGUGUUCUGGCUGACCCUGGUUGUCAUGGUGACCUGUUACACCUCCAUCGGGGUCCACGUGUAUCGCUCGUGUCGGCGCGUUCGCUCAAACUCUUCCGUCUGCAGGAAGUCGAGGCGCAGCAUCCUCAGCCUCCUCCUCGUCUUCGCCCUGUGCUUCGUCCCGUACCACCUCUGCAGAAUCCCCUACACUUUAAGCCAGAUGCCCUGGUCCGGAUUCAGCCAGCACUCCAGGUUCGUGCUGUUCCAGGUGAAGGAGGCGACGCUCAUGUUGGCCUCGGUGAACGUGUGUCUGGACCCUCUGGUCUACUUCCUGAUGUGCCGCUCGUUCAGACACACUCUGCUCCAGUCCCUGCGUAGAAGAGCGAAACCUGCAGGAGAAGCACGGUCUAUGGGAACAUCAACUGCAGUUGUGCUGUUCAACGUUUCACCUCAAAGUUCAUAAUGCUUUAAAAAAAAGAUAUCAUGUAAAUUAAGGUUGAGACAUUAAUGUGUGAAUUAUGAUUCAUUACCUCGUUUUUAUGCCAAACAACGUGGAGCAGGAAAGUUCUCUGGGUCUGCUGGACGGUAAAUUUCUACUCAAAAAAAUGACCCAAAGGAACAGACAGAGGAGCUGUUUAUUGCAAACUAUGCAGAAAAGAGUUUCUCGCUCCCAACAUCGCCCCUGCUGACAUAAAUCUCUGCAUCAUUUUUGACUCUCACCUCAAAUUCCACCUUCACAUCCAAAAAAGUCUCACAAUUUGCAAAAUCAAAACUAUCCCCCCACCGCCUUGAUCUUGAAAAACUCAUCCACGCGCUCAUCUUCUCCAGUCUAGACUAUUGUCCCUCCCUCUUCUCCGGCCUUGACUCCAAAUCCAUCUCCCGCCUCCGACUGGUUCAGAAGCAGCAGCUCGGCUCCUCCAGGGUCUAACAUCAACACAUGACCCUGUUUUACUUCCCUUCACUGUCUGUGUGUUUUAGAAUUGAUUUGAACAUUUUACUGAUGACUUUCAAAGCUCCUUUAGGUCUUGGACCGAGAUACAUUUCAGAAAUUUUAACCCUGUAUGAGCCUUAGAUCCUCAGGUCCCUCUGACUGUUCCUCUUCAGUCUUAGAUCUUCAGGUCCUUGUGGCUGUUCCAAAGUCCAACCUCCGGACAAAGAUGACGAAGCCCUUUCAGUCCAGGCUUUGCCUCGGCUUCAGAAUGACCUGCUUGAGGAGAUAAGUCUCGCACCAUCAGUAUCGUCUUUUAAAUCAUAAGUCUCAUUUUAUCAGUUGUCCUUCCUUUAACUAGUUUUAACUUAUUUAUGUUUUUUCUAUUUCUUUUUUUAUUUGUUUAUUAUAAUUAUUUGGAUUGUUUGCGUCUGUUUUUGUGUUUUCUGUGCUAUUUUUAUGCAUUUUUAUUGUUCAUUGCUGCUUGUACACACUUUGAAAUCCUUAUUUUUAAAAGUGCUUUAUAAAUAAAAAUUCAUUAUUAUUAUGAUUAUUAUGA